AUGGUGCUGAAGUGUCUGAGGAAAGCCCUUAUUGUGGAAGUGUUUCCCAAGCGAGAGAAGAAUAGGAUCUUCGAAAUGAACGUGAGAUGCAUGAAAAACAAAAGAAGAGGCCUAAAGGAGCAAUCAAGAAAAAAGCCACUUGAUAUAGAAAAGAAAAUAAAAAAUCCAGAUAAAUAUGAAGAAAAAAUGCAUUUUGAUAAUUUAAUAAAAGGAGAAUUAUAUGUACCUGAAUCGUGUAAGGGCAAAAAGUUGGCUAUGCUAUGUAAUCGAUUAUAUUAUUUUAAUAUAAAUGAUGAAGAAUUGUUAGAUAGGUAUGCUCAAAGAGCUAUUGUUAUUGUUAAUAGCCUAGGCACAAAAGAAAUAUCUUUAAUUUUAAACACAAUGAGAAAAUUUAAUCAUAGAAAUGAAAAAUUGUUAGAUACAUUUGCGAAACAUAUACCUAGUAAAUUACAUAAAGGAGUGCCUCAAGACAUUUCCUUAAUUCUAAAUGCUUAUUCCCAUUUUAAUUUUAUUGAUAAGAAUUUGUUUAAUAGAAUAUGUGAAGAAAUUCCUCACAAAAUUCCCUAUUUCGAACAUACUCAUAUCUCCAGUGUUGUUAAUGCAUUUUACAAAUUAAACAUAAAAGACAGAAUAAUUAUUGACGACCUGGUUGAUGAAAUAAUUGAUAGAAUUGACGAAUUUGAUGCAAAAUCAUUGACCAAUAUUAUUAAUUCGUUUUCAAAGCUAAAUUAUAAAAAUGAAAAUAAGAAAGUUAUAUGGACUACAUUUAUUAAAGGUGUAAGAAAUCUUCACAAAGAAUUUAAUUUUCUCGAAACUACAUUGAUAACAAAUGCAUUUUGUAAAAAAAAAUUCAAAAGUGAAAAAGUGUAUCAUUUGUUAUAUGAAGUUUUAAGUUGUCAUAUUUUUGAAAAGAAUUCCAUAAAAGAAAAUAACUCCUUUUUACUCUGCACCAUUGCACAUUCAUUUGCUAAGAUUAAAUUUUACAAAAAGGAUUUAUUUCAUUUUAUUCUUUCUCAUUUUUCAAAUGAACAUAAUUAUGUAUCUCUGGAUAGUCAACAUUUCUCUCAGUUGAUUUAUUCAUGCUCUGCUUUUAACCUGAACGACAAAUUAUUUCUGGAUACAUAUACCAAAAUGGUAACCAAAAGGAUGGAAAAAAAAAAAAAUGAGUUGAAUGAACAAGCAUUAUCUACCAUUGCAUAUUCAUUUGCUAAAUUAAAAAUCCGAGAUACAAAUUUUUUUGUUCUGUUGUCUUCCUACAUUAUAAAAGAAAAAAUUUGUUUAUCUCCACAAAGUUUAAGUUUAAUUUGUUAUAGUUACUCCAAAUUAAAAAUAAAAUCACAAAUGUUAUUUUACAUUUUAUCAAUUCAAAUUUUCCAAAAUAUGAAUAUGUUUACAAAACAAGGCUUAUCACUAAUUUUAUCUGCUUAUGCAAAUUUAAAGAUUUUUCACGUAAAAAUGUUUGAUCUUAUUAACAAAUACUUAACGCUUUAUAUAGACAGCUUUACCCCUAAGGAGUGUGUACUAAUAGCCAGCAAUUAUAAACAUGUGAUUAAAUGUAUCACUGACGAAGUAGAACAAGGGAAUGAGGAACAAGCGGGAACGGCUGUUCUUCUCAAAACAUCCAACACAAAAAAGGAGUUAGACAAUUUUGUUUCCCUUUUAAAAGACAAAAUUGAAAUCUUCGAAAGGCAAAAUAAAAGCGGAUUAAAAUUGAAUGAUCAUCAUGAUUUAUCAUCGCCUGCCGGUAGACGCAAAGGGCAGGAAGAAGGAGGAGAAGAAAAGGGAGACGAAGGAGGAGAAGAAAAGGGAGACGAAGGAGGAGAAGAAAAGGGAGACGAAGAAGGAGAAGAAAAGGAAGACGAAGAAGGUGAAGAAAGCUUUUUCUCCAUUUUUAAUCAAAAUGAUAUUAUAUAUGAUGAUUCAAUGGUUAGUGAAGAGAACCCUGAGGGAACCUCCAAAAAUAGAACAUCGUACAAUGAUGGUACGUGCAACGAGGGGGAUUAUAACAACAUAAUGUUUAAUGUCGUGGAGAACCGCUUAACUGACAGUGAUAGCGUGAUCAGCCAAGUGUCAGAUAAUAUUCAUGAUAUAAAGAAAAAGGAAGGGGAUGCCCAGAAAAUAUAUGAAAAAAUGUUCUUAAGUGAUGUGGAAUGUGGUAAUACUUGUAUGAAAGAUAAAAUUCCUCUAAUAAAUGAGGAACUAAAAGAACGUCUUCAUACUAUCUUGAAUAAACAACAGAAUAAUUGUAUUGAGGAUGAAAAUGAAAAAUGUGCUAACAAAACGUGGGAAAAAACUACUAAAAGCUUGCUAGAAUUAAUGACAUCAAACAAACCACCAAAAAUAAAUUACGAAAAUGAAAAUUUCAUAAAAUCAGCUGAACAGGUGGAAACUGAAUUUAUAAAAGAAUAUAUAAGUGAACAACAGGAACACAAUGAUAAAGACAAAAAUGAAAGUUUAAAAAAGAUAAAAGGAAGAAAAAAAAAAGUUCACAAUAUGUUGUCCAAGAAUUAUCAACUUGUUAGUGAUCUCACAACAUUGAAGAAAAAAUGGAACGAUUUUUACAAGCCCUCAUGA